UUUUUUUUUUUAAACAGUGGUCUGAAGUAGCAGCCAACCGAUUUGAUCUCGGUAAACCACUGAAAUGUCUUCUAAGCCCACUUGUCUAAUUGUGGCCAGUGCAGCUUCACAAGGAGUGUCUGCUCGGUCGUUCCAUCAAGCCUUCUGUCUCUGCAGUUCAGUGUUCAACCUGCAGACUGCUACACCAGGGGGGAAGCCCAUAGAUUUUGUCGGGGUGGAUGAAACCACAGCCAGAUGGGUCCAAGACUUCAGCCAAAAGUCUUUUGCGACCCCAGCCAAGUUGGAGUCAAUAGACGGUGCUCGGUACCAAGCUCUGCUGAUUCCAGAUUGUCCUGGGGCGCUCACUGACCUGGCACACAGUGGCUCUCUGGCACGUAUCCUCGCACACUUCACCUCACAGCAGAAGGCGGUGUGCGCUAUAGGACAAGGGGUAUCUGGUCUGUGCUGCGCCGUAGAAGGACAGAGGUGGAUCUUCACUGGCUACAGUCUCACUGGGCCGUCUGUGUUUGAGUUGGUGAGGAGCCCAGACUUUGCCAACCUGCCUCUGAUCGUGGAGGACUUUGUCAAGGACAGCGGAGGAUCGUACACCGCUAGUCAGGAGGACGCCGUGCAUGUCGUGAUCGACAGACACCUGGUGACCGGACAGAACACACAGUCUACGUCAGUCGCUGUCAAUAACCUCAUCAUGCUCUGUAAUGGAAAGUAACAUGUCUUCUGUUCAGCUACGUAGGGACCAAGCUAAAAAGCCCUGGGCCGGGAUUCAAUCCGAUCGUGCUUUGACAGCUAUGCGCCAUUUUUAAAAAGGUGAUCUGCCAUUGAAUCGACAUAUGCAGCGUUUAUCAUGAAUGCGUGGGAAUAUUGCCUUUUAAAGGAGCUACUGCCUUUGAAAAGCCACGAAUCCAUUUGAAAAUGGCCAAUUUGGCAUCGAUAUGAGUUAGUGUAAAUCGGAUCAUUUUGGUCAUAAAGUGGGUCUCGUCUAAAAUGGAGUUUGGAAUAUCUGUGUGUCACAACGGAUAAAUUAAGGUUGGGUUUUGAUUUGACGAUGUCCAUUUACCCACUAACACGGGGUGAACAGCUGCUGUGAUUGUUCUCUAUCCAAUAGCAUAAACAGUGAGACAGACCUGCCCAGCAGCUCCGACUUUUACAUAAGACAACAAAUCGCAAAUUUUUUUCUUUUUACUUGAGAAAAACUGCACCAAACACCUUUUUUAGAUGUAAAAUUACACAACUAAAACAUCAACUCAAUACAUCUGUAAUAAAUGUAAUCUUCGAUUCAUUCUGGGGAUUUUCAGGAAGUGAAAUAGGCUUCAUGGGGAAUAAACAGAUUUAACCACACCUCCAAAACUGAAACCUGUUUUUCUAAUAAGCAGAAAAACGUGCCAAUCGGCGUCUUCCGUGGCUCUUUUAAAAAGGUGCGUUGCCCACAAAGCGCGAUCGGAUUUAAUCCCAGCCUUAUUUUGACAUGAACAGGAUAUGAUUUAGCAGACAGGGCUCAGAGUAUACAUACAGUAAGAAGACUGAACCUUUCAAAUACAGGUGUCGCAGGCAAAAUCUCAAAGUAGAGCUCCUUUACAUUUAGUGCGAUCAAGGACAAAUAAAGGUUCUGGGUACAAAUGUGAUAAUAUGAAGUUUAGUUGGGCCAUGAGGACAACUCCUGUCUUAUGUACUGUACACCAGGGUUGGUGCAAUUCCAUUUCAGAAAGUAAACCAAAUUCCAAUUAGACCUUGUAGAAGAGAUUUGAAUUUUCAGUGCUCUUCCUGAAUCGACUGGAUUUUAGAUGGAAUUGAGGCCAACCCUGCAGUCUACUACAGCAGAGGUUUGUAGUACUACUAGCGUAGCUACCACACACAGCCUAAUUCAACAGCCACCGGUGAGGUAUUAGAAAAAGUAUCACUGUAUGUAUGUACAUUUCUAUUGUCGAUUACAUUUUUAUAUUAAAAACAAACACUGAA